GUCAGCGUUGCACACCGUAACGGUUCUUACACUGCCAACCAUCAUCGCGAGGAUCGCCUUUCUGCCUUGCAAGAAGGCUUUACUAAGUCCGAUCGAUGGACCCUGGCCAUGCUUACCCCUUUCUAACAUUGCCUUCUCGAGCGUCUUUGAUCAGUAUCUUGGUACCUAGAAAAACAACAAUGCACAUUUUUUAUUGAUCUUGCCUCCCUUCCCGGCAGUUCGAAGCGGAGUAUCUGUGUCACUCAUUUCCCUCUUCCCGGAAACUUUUGCUCGGACAUUACUAGCCUCAAUCCGCCACUCUGCCUGACUUCCGCGGAGCCACCGUACACAACCGCACUCCAGAAAAAACGGGCUCCAACUUUGCAUUUCAAAUGGAUCAGCGUGCGGUUGUAGAUAGCCAAGCCUCGGAGAAGUAUCUGCGAAUUGCGUCCAUAUCUAUUGCGUUGUACGAUUAUGUGAUCACGCUUCCCGCAGAAUGGCGGUUUUACCGAAGCCAAUCCUCAAUUUUUCAUUUAAGUUUUGCCUGCAUCUUAUUCAUCCUCAUACGCUACGUCAGUAUUACAGUCAUGCUAGUCAGUAAUUACGGAGUCUUCUCCACCAGCUUCACCCAAGAAACGUGUCAACAUUACUAUAUUGUGGCGCCUAUCUUCAAAGUUCUACAAACUAUAGUAUCACAGGUCAUCCUAGGUGUCAGGACAUUCAAUAUUGCAAGGAGAAACAGACGGACAGGAAUUGCUCUAGCGUUGGUAUUCUUCGUCUCAAUUACGCUGGAGUGGUUCACCAAUAUGUUUUCCCGGAUCCCUGUUAGUGUUAAUGGAAACUGUACCCCAGGAAAUGCUGGCAAAACAUUGUCCGCCUGGCUUUACUACGUCACUGCGAUGAUGUAUGAUCUCGUGAUGUUGACGAUUUCCACCACACAUCUCCUGCAAUAUAGUGUUAUCAGCAGCAGGCUAGAACGAGUGGUACGGGUUCUGAUGUAUGACGGCAUUGGAUAUUUUAUUGUGCUGACAGGGUCAAACAUAUUGAACAUCACGCUGUAUCGCGAGUCUGAUGUCCAAACUCAGUCGGCAGGGGCAUCGAUAGGCUAUGCUGUAACGUGGAUCAUGAGCCAACAGAUUCUCAUUCAUUUACGAGAAAUGCAAGAAGCUCCACGUACGGAAAGUGUGGUCCUCGCGCGUCCCGCACAAAGCGCGAGGAACGUGAUGUCCGGUUUCCGCUCUAAAAGCGAUGCUGACUUCGUGACAUCGCCCCGUAAUGCGCACGGCAACAAUGACGUGGAGCUCGAUAUACGCGUAUGUGUCGAGCGUUCGGUGGUCGUAGACUACACGGACGAAUCCGAGCAUUCGAGGUCAAUAAAGUGGCAAGAUGAAUCCAGAGGUCUCGCCUAAUAGCGCCUGAUACCUAUCAAGUGAUACCAGGUGAUACCACUAUUUAUAUAUAUACCGUGUCUGCGGUGCUGUGUAAUUUUUGGCAGUUGGCAGUUGAUAUGAGUGUCCAUGUAGGUCCGUCUUGGUAUGCAACCUUUGAC